UUCACUUCCGGGAAGAUGGCCGCACCGAAGUCGGGUGUGACACGUGCUUCCACGGAGAGGACUGUACACUGACAGACGGAUGGUGCUGCAUUUUUCCUGGAGAGAACCUGAGGACAGACCCUACCAUGAGUGUCACCCCAGAGGUCAAGAGUCGUGGGAUGAAGUUUGCUGAAGAGCAGCUGCUGAAGCAUGGAUGGACUCAAGGCAAGGGCCUGGGCCGGAGAGAGAAUGGCAUUACCCAGGCCCUCAGGGUGACACUGAAGCAAGAUACCCAUGGGGUGGGACACGACCCUGCCAAGGAAUUUACAGACCACUGGUGGAGUGAUCUCUUCAACAAGACUGCCGCCAACUUGGUAGUGGACUCUGGGAAGGAUGGAGUGCAGAUAAGGCACCUUUCCAAGGAGACCACCCAGCGCAGUCACCCCAAGCCCAGUUUGCUGUAUCAGAAGUUUGUGAAGACAGCCACACUAACCUCAGGUGAAGAGAAGCCUGAGAGCAACUUGGGGAGCUGCAAUGAUGUUGACAACCAUGAGCCCAUGCCCCCAAAGAUUCUAACUGAUGAGAUGCUACUCAAAGCUUGUGAGGGGCGAACAGCACACAAGGCUGCCCGGAUUGGAAUUACCAUGAAGGCCAAGCUUGCUCGCCUGGAGGCCCAAGAGCAGGCCUUUCUGGCUCAGCUCAAAGGCUCAAAGGCCGUGGGCACCUCUCAACCACUGACGGACAGCGAGCCUUCCCACAAAAAGAAAAAGAAGAGGAAGCAGAAAGAAGAGGAAGAGGCUGUAACAACUGAAAAGAGUCUAGGCGAAGAGCUGCUGGAACACACUGACAAGAGCUUCAGGAAAAGCAAGAAGAAGAAAAGGAGGCGGAAAGAUGAGAGAGAAGGAAUAGCUAUAGGAAGUGAGGAGGAAGAGGCUGCAGGAGAGAGUGGGCCCAGAGAACUGAGCACAGAGCCAUCUGAUUGGUCUUCAAGGAAAAAGAAGAAAAGGAGGAAGCAGUACCAUGAAGAAGAGGGGGAGAUGGGAGUCUGUGAUGAAGGAGGCAGAGAUGUGACAGUCAACAGUGGAGCAGAUAAAGACCCCAAGAGACGCAGCAAGAAGCGUCAGAUGUGUGGGGAGGACAGAGAUACCCAAGAGGAAGAAGGGAAGGAUGACCUAACAAAAGGAGAGAGAAAGGUUAGAAGAAAAGACAAAAAGAAAAGACAGCAGUGCUGUGAGGAGGUCUUGGAUGUAAGCAAUAAAGAUAAUGGCAGGACUUGGGAAGCAGAGGAUGAAGGUGAGAGAAGUCAGCAAUACCCAAAGGAGAGAGCCAAAAAGAAGAAGCGGAAGAGGGACUGAGGGUCUAAAGCGGAUCUCAGCUCCUUUUCAGGAGUAGCCUAGUUUGGGGUAGGGUUUCCGCACACUCCUCUGCAAGCAGCUCUGGAGCACCAGUCUGCUGAGGAAAGCCAAAGCAUUCUAUGCUAGCUGAGUGGGUGGACGUGUUCCCCUGUGAAACUUCCUGUCCAAAAAGUAUGAACCUGGUGCCCAGCAGCUCACCAGCUAAAGGAUGGUGGAAAGAAGAAUCAGGAUGGAAGAAUAUUUGGAAUGUCUCUUUAUUUGUUUUUCUUCAAGACAGGAUUUCUCUGUAUAGCCCUGGCUGUCCUGGAACUCACUCUGUAGAUCAGGCUGGCCUCUAACUCAGAAAUCCACCUGCCUCUGCCUCCCAAGUGCUGGGAUUAAAGGCGUGCGCCACCACUGCCCGGCUGGAAUGUCUCUUCUAAAAGUCUGAAAAUGUAGACUUACAUGAUAUGUUUGUUUUGUUUUUGAGGCUGGGUUUCUCUAACAUAGCUCUGGCUUUCCUAGGACUCAUAGAAAUCCAUGCAACUCUGCCUCAUCAGUGCUUAGAUUAGAGGCAUGCAUUGUCAUGCCCUGCAAAAUGUCUUCAUUUUAAAUGCCAUGAAGAUUAAGAAAAACAUACAUUUAUAUGUAUGGGUUGGAUUACCUUUCAAGACUGCCUAUUUCUAAUCAUCAUUAAAAGAGAGCUUGGGCCCCAAGCUUAUAGGUCAUUCCCAGUUGACAUCACCACUCCCAGGAUGAGAAGGUCUGAACACAAAUUAGAUGGCACUUGGAGACUUGAAGGAAUUCUGUUAACCUCUGGGGGUCUUGCUACAAUGCUAAGCUGAAUUAGUUUAGAGGUGUCAUCUACCUCUCUAUGUAUUAAAAAUAAGUAAGAG